AUGGCCUCUGCAGACAUUCAGAAGUAUCUUUCUCCCCCCAGCGGCCAGACAGCAGAGACAGCAGCCAGCCAAUUUUUGGAUGCACGAUUCGCCACCUGGAGCGAUGUGCAAGCGUCCGACGGUUUGGAAGACCUGGUCGAGCAGAGUCGCAGAUUGAACGAGGAGUUGCAAUCCCGACUCUCAGCUUCCGAGGCAAAUAUCCAGGAACGCAUAGCUGAGACGCGGUCGUCGGCGGAAGCACAGUUGCAUAAGGCGCAGGAAUUGUCACUGCUGCGACAUUCUCUAGCGGAUGAACUGUCGUACCUGUCCAAUGAACUGGUGUCGUCGUUGUCAGACGAAGCUAAGCAACCUACCCUGCUGGAGGAGAUUGAGACCCUCCAUCGCAGUUUGAAGGAGGUCGAGACGGUCAAGAGCUACGUGCAAGUAGUCGAACGUGGUUUGCAGCUAAGCGAGGCUGCAGUUCAGGACGUCACAUCCACGCCUCCAAGCACGCCCGUAUCUCGCUCGUCCCUGAAGAGAUACGAGAAACUGCAGCAGUUCGUGGCCUCCAUCUCCGACGCUUGCAACACCGCCGAAGACGGUGCUGGUCCUCAGAAGUUGCGUCUGGUGAGCUUCCUCGAGGCUAUCCGAGAAAGCGCCUGGACUAGCAUCAAAAGCGCUCUCUCCGAACCGCUUCUCUCUGCCGCCGAGACCUUGCGAUGGCCUAUGAAGGUCGAUUAUGCCUCCGCUAGCCAGAAGGACAGAAACACAUUCGAGGCCUCAUUCCUCAGUCUCAUAACCCUCCAGUCUAUCGGUGAGGAGUUACAUCGCACAUCUGCUCCCUCGACAAACCCGCAAGUGGGCCUAUACCCGAUGCAGGCGCUGGUACAGCCCGUAUCUCUCCGAUUCAAGUAUCAUUUUGAGGGAUCCAGACAAACGAACAAGCUGGAUAAGCCCGAAUGGUAUUUCUCGCACGUACUCAAUGUCAUCACGGAGCAACGGGCCUUUAUGGAUACUGUCAUCCAAAAACUUGUGGACUCUACGCCCUACAAGGGUGUAAACGCCUGGUGUGAAUUAGUGCUACUUCUCCUCGCCUUGCCCACGCGGAAGAUACUCAGGACAAUGUCUGCUCUGCUGCCACAUCCGUCCCUACUCGCCCACACGAUAUAUCAAGCUUUGGCGUUCGAUUCUGCGCUAAGAGAGGCGGGCUUCGGCCUUGCUCACACUACUGCCGGCAAAAGAUUCCGAAAGCCACCGCUGCAGGGCGGCGAAAAAGCAGAGGAUGAUCAUUGGCCGGGUGUGAGCGACGUCAUUCUGGGACGAAGCGAGUGGUUCGAGGUGUGGUUGGAGGGCGAGCGGAAGUUCGCGGAGGAUCAGUACCACAAUAUCAUAAGUGCCUCUGACGCCUGGUUGAUCUCGGAUGACGACGCGGACGAAGAUGGGCGGAUAGAACGGUCUCUGCGGCCGACCAUAUCCGCUAGAAGGGUCAAAGCCUUGAUAGAGCAAGUUACUGAUCGAUAUGCACCUCUACCGUCGUACAACCACCGGUUCUCCUUCCUCACGACUAUCCAGCUCCCGCUGCUGUCGGCCUAUCAUUCUCGAAUAGCUGCUUCCCUAGACGCAUUCGAGACCCUGUCCUCCGCGUUCGUGCGCGCCGUUCCUGGGGCCAUGACCGUCGGCGGUGGGAGCACGGAAGCGGGCGUGAAAAUUGGCGACACUAGGAGACUAGCUGACGGGGUAAGGGGUACGGUAAGCCUUGUGAAGGCCUUCAUCAGCGCCAGAUUCGUAGAGAAGACUAUGGUGGACUGGGGUGAAGACACGUUGUUCCUGGAGCUGUGGACAGAGAUUAACCGACAAGAGCCUCUUCGCAAUAGCGCGAAGUUGAAUCCUCUGUUGCCGGCUGUCGAAUAUAGACCUACGGAUGUGCCAGAAGGGACUAUCUACGAUGAGCUGGUUGCACAGUAUCGGAGGUUAUCGGCCAGGGCCGAGGAUAUGAUUGCUCAGCAGGUAUACGGCGAAGUCGAGGGUGGACUCCGGCCUCACUGGGGAAUGCUCUCUUCACCUGAUCCCGCCAUGGAGGGGUCAGACGACCUCGCUAUUGCUCCGACUAUUCUCGGCCCGGUUGCGCUGCUGUCCUCUCACCUCACGUUCCUCCAAUCGUCACUCCCAGAGAUCACCUUCACCGUGCUCUACCGGCGCAUUGCUGCCAGACUCUGCACCCAUAUCCUACACCGUGCGGUGCUCUAUCGCGGGCGUAGGCGGCUGACGCUGAGAGAGGGCAGAGCUGUCCAGAGGGAAUGUGAAUUAUGGGUCGACACCUGUCAGAUGGCCUUCGGGAGCACGAGUAUCGGCCGCCCUCGGGUCGAGGCGCCGUGGAGGAAACUGAUCAUGGCCGCACGGCUGUUGGGCGCGGAAGGAGAGCGGUGGGAGCAGGUCGUCGACGCUACUUUUGGCACCAAGGGGACCGCGGAUUGGGAAGAUGUCAUGACCGAUGCCGUUGGCUAUUGCGAGCUUGGGCGAGACGAGGUGAUGCAGAUCUUGCGAAUGAGAGAAGAUUUUGCGCAGUAG